AUGAUGAAGUCCCUCUACGCUGUCAAUUUGGUCUUACUCCUGCUGCUUGCAUUUUUUGCUCCUGCCCCCGCUACAAGGGAAUUGAAUAUGAGGGCCGCCCCUAGCGAUUCAACUCGCGUUGUCGACUACGCCACGACUGAGAGGCUUCUAAGGGCCCACAGUAGUGACAAGGAAGAACAAAAAGAAGAAGAGGAAAGGGCAAUUUCGAUAAAUUUUUCAAGCCUGGAGAAAAUCUUUAAAAAAGUUACGUCAGCCAAAACUACGGAGCUGCAAGGAAUGCUUAAGGCUGACGAGGCCCUUGGGAGUGCUUUCAAGACGCUAAAACUUGGUACAAUGCGGAUUGGCAAGGAUGGCUCUGUCGAUCCCAAGAUGGUGGCAAAAUUUCUGUCAAGUCGCAAUUUCAAGAUUUGGUCCCAGCACGCCGUCAAGAUCAACAAAGAUGAUCCCUAUGGCGAGAUGCUUAAAGCACUCACAAAUGUCUUUGGUGAGAAAAAUGUGGCGAUGAUGAUCCUAGUCGGGAACCUGUCCAGAAACUCGCGCGACGUCGCAAAGAAGUUAGAAAAGGCCCAGUUCUACAAGUGGUACUUCGUUGAUAAGUACAAGACAGCAGAUGAGGUUUUCACGAACGUGCUGAAAGCUGAUCGAAAUAGAAUUCAUGGGUAUGGUCGGGAGAAAGAAAUUUGGGGAGAUUACGCGAAGUACGUCACGACCACAGUGAUGAAAUAUUGA